GGCGGAAAGGUGAUGUACAACUGCAUGCUGCAUGGGUCAUCUAGUAGAGAACACUAGCUAAGUCGACUGACAGACAGCAUACGGACCCCAGAUUCCACCGUAACGUACAAACGGUCGACUUAUCCGAGUGCCAUUUAAAAUAUCUCACUGACAAAAUGGCUAGCGCAUGGGAGCUAGCAUGUAAAACGGGAGACCUGGCCGAAUGUGUGAAUGUCAGUGCUGGCUUAGACAUCGCGGAAAAAAAUGAAGGUCUGAAGAAAAGUUCUAGAUAUGGGCACAAGGACAUCGUAAGCCACUUUCUUGAUGUCGGUGCCGAUCCCAACGAUCAGUAUGCGUACGCUUUACGACACGCAUGUGGCAACGGGCACUCAGAGAUAGUGGCGACGCUCAUAGAACGUCACACAACCUCCAUCAAAAGCACAC